AUGGCUUCUUGGGUUCUUUUACCCGUAGCUCCAGUAACUGGUCGCUGUCUACUGGCUCCUGUGAGAACUCAGAGGUCGUCCUCCAUCUUCGUUCGGUCUUCUCUAGACACUAAUGUUUCUGACAUGAGUGUAAAUGUCUCUUUUGAUUUCUGGAUAUUCUUACUUACUUUUGGUGAAUUAUAA